AUUUUCCAGAAAAGUAAAAUAAAACAUAGUCUUAUUCAACUCUCCGCCUCGACGUUUCUUUGUUCUCAAGCUUUUUGCCGCCCUCCUGCUUCUGUCGCGGAGAUCUCUGAACGUCCCUCGCUCUUUCUUCUCCUUCAAGUUGGUGUAGGUUGAUAAUCAUGAAGCUUGAUACAAGCGGGCUCGAAUCAUUUCCCACUCAAUUUGGAGCAAGCGGUGAGCUUUGUGGAGGGUUUUCAAUCUCCCCAUCAUUUGAGCUUCCAAAUGCUGCUGAUUUUGAUGGCUUCCAAAAGGAGGCCAUACAGAUGGUGAAACCAGCUAAAGGAACAACAACCCUUGCUUUUAUCUUUAAAGAAGGAGUCAUGGUGGCUGCUGAUUCUCGAGCUAGCAUGGGAGGAUAUAUAUCAUCUCAGUCUGUUAAGAAAAUUAUUGAGAUCAACCCGUACAUGCUUGGGACAAUGGCUGGAGGAGCAGCUGACUGCCAAUUUUGGCAUAGAAAUUUGGGGAUAAAGUGCCGGCUGCAUGAGUUGGCAAACAAGAGGAGAAUCUCAGUGACAGGAGCUUCAAAGCUCCUAGCAAAUAUUUUGUACUCUUACCGUGGAAUGGGUCUGUCAGUAGGAACCAUGAUUGCUGGAUGGGAUGAGACGGGUCCUGGCUUGUAUUAUGUCGACAGCGAAGGAGGAAGGCUCAAAGGCACUCGCUUUUCUGUUGGAUCUGGUUCGCCGUAUGCUUACGGUGUACUGGACAAUGGGUACCACUAUGAUAUGUCAGUUGAAGAAGCAGCAGAAUUAGCUCGACGGGCGAUUUACCACGCAACGUUUCGUGAUGGAGCCAGUGGUGGAGUUGCUAGUGUUUAUCAUGUGGGACCAAGUGGAUGGAAGAAACUAUCGGGUGAUGAUGUUGGGGAGCUGCACUACAAAUACUACCCUGCAGUCUCCAGCUCGGUGGAGCAAGAAAUGGGUGAAGUAUCCGGAGCCUGAGAAAAGGCUGGUCAGUAGAGAUGUAUUUAUUAUUGGUACUGGUUCUGCUUUCCUUUUUCACAUUUGGGAAAGAAAGAACUGCAAGAAUUCACAUGUUUGGGGAAAUGGAAAUCUUGUGAAACAUGUGUUUGGUUGCUCAGCAUAAAUCUACCUGAAUGUAAUUUGAAUUAUGAAUUUCCCCUUCUAACCAGUUUUGGUGGAUUGUGAAGCUUCUUUAUCUGACUUGAAUGUUAUUUUCAUUUUUGAGCA